CCCGGGACUCCCAGCAGGCCCCGCGGCUCGGCUGCUUCCUUUGUGUGUGUGUGUGUGUCUCUCUCUCUCCGGGUCUGUGAACCCCGCCCGCUCAGCUCAGCCCAGCCCAGCGCGGUCCGUAUCGGCAGUCCGGGCGCUCGGUAUCCGGCUUAUUCCCGAACCCCCGGAGUCGGCGGCUCGGCUUGGAGAGCGGCCGGGGAGGAUCAGGCAGAGCCAGCGGAUGGAGGUGAGGAUGUGGUGCCUGGCGGAGGGAGCCAGGCCCCGGAAGGCUUACAGAAAAUGGCGGCUCCGCCAUGAUCGCUGCGGCCUCCAUGUACUGAGCGCUCGCACUGUCACACGGGCUGCCCAGCGGGUACUGCCGUGCCCGCACCGUGUGUCAUGGCGGGUCACUGGGGGGGGGGAAUCGGAUGGACAUAGUAUAUAUUAUAAUAAUAAUAAUGAGAAUAAUACAGGCAGGGUGAGAUAAUACGGGCCAUUAGCGGGAUAACGUCAUGAUGGCACACUUUAUUCACAAGGAUUCAAUCUUUAUUUAUAUUUUUUUUCAUGCUUGGCUCCCAUUGGUUGCAAGGCUUUUUCUUGUUAAAGACGGGGAUUGUAACCGUUGGCAUCAUGUUUGUGACUACAAUCCCCAUGAGUCUCAUCCAUUGUGAAUGAACAUCAUGGGGGGGGGAGGUGCAGUAUGUGUGUGUGUAUAUAUAUAUAUAUAUAUAUAUAUAUAUAUAUAUAUAUAUGUGUGUGUGUGUGUAGGCCUGUGGAAAUAUUCGUUAGGCUUUGAAUGAGAAUUUAAUAUUUUUUUCAAAAAUAUAUAUAUAUUUUUUUUGCAAUAGUUUACACUGGGUAAUUCAGUAAAGGUGAAAAUGACUGUACUGGAAUUUUUAUUUUCUUAAAGGAUCACUCUGGCCUGAAAUUUGAAAUUUACUUUGAAUUCUUUAUUGGAAAAAAAAAAUAACACUAACAGUGUCAUGUUGAUUUAGUUAUUAUGUUUCAUAGCGUGUUGAACUGCUUUUGAGUUGGCUGUUUAUAUUAUGCUCAGCACUUAAAAAGUAAUGGGAUUUCAAAGAGUUAUGGCAUAAAUCAUGAACUAAAGUGGUCUGGGUGCACUGUCCCUGUCCCCCUUAGUCCUGUUUUGUAAAUCAUUGCAGUUUUUAAGCAACUGCAAUGUUUACAUUGUAGUACUAAGACAGCCUCUAGUGGCACUUUUGUGAGUUUACCGGACUUUAGGUCGCCAAAAUGAUGCUGGAUGCCCAAACGCUCUGCGUGAGAACAUCCAGCGUCAUUGAGAGACGACAGAGCACAUAGUUGCUGGAAUCUGGUGAGUAUAUAAAGGGGUUUAGUUUUUAACCCUUUAUGUACCUGGUGGGGGGGGGGGGUUCUAUAUUGUUAGGAAUACAGACUUUUAUAUUCCUAACAUUAUAGAAUCCCUUUAAUGUCACUGAUUUAAAGGAUCACUAUAGUGUCAGGAAAACAGAGGUUUUCCUGACACUAUAGUGUCCUCAGGGUCCCACUCCCCUUCAGCAGCUUACCUUUAUCCAACGCCAGGCUCCCUCGGCGCUGGUGACCUCUCCUCCCUGUCUGACAUCAGCUCCCUAGUGGAGCUGAAUGCACAUGCACGGCAAGUGCUUUCUUAUGGACACUCUGCGCAAUGGAUGCGAAAUUCGCAUCCAGCGUCGCAGAUGCACCUCUAGUGGCUGUCCGGAAGACAGCCACUAGAGGCUGGAUUAACCCCAAAUGUAAAUUGCAUCUGAAGGGUUAAAACCUGAGGGAUCUGGCACCCUGACCACUUCAUUGAGCUGAAGUGGUCUGGGUGACUAUAGUGUCCCUUUAAGACAGAAAAAGAUUUCUGAAACAAUAGUCUUUUUAACUUGUUUACAUGAUUUCUAUAUUGUCACGAAACAGUUUAACUACAGGCAGAAAAGUAUAGAUUGUAGUGUCCCUUAAGCACCAGCAGCCUACUCUUGAGAAUUGUCACUAUAAUAGGCACAUUUGGAAAAAAAAGGUGCAGUCAUACUCCUUGCAUCACCCAGAACGUUUUACUUCUGAAAACCGUACAGAAGAUAUUAAUCCCUCAUAACUUAUACAUGCAACAUUUAGAUAGUUAAAAAAAAAAAAAACCUUACCUUGCUCUUUCUUCUGUCUGACCUAUUUUAAAACCAAAAUUGUUUGCAUCUUUUCUAAUUGUUCAUUUAACUAUUGCUACUUGUUAUUCAGCGCUCCGUUAGAUUGUUGCCAACAAUAUCUUCCUGCCCCAAUACUUCUUGAUGCUCCAAUAUCACUUAUUCUUUUUUACAUAUAGCUAAUACAUUAUGUAAGAGAGCUAUAUUUAUUAAACGAUUAUUUCAAGAUACAUGACCACUUCACUGACUUAAAGUGGGCUGAUUCCGCUAGUCAUUCAUUGGCUAAGAGCGUCAAUUAAUUAAAAAUCAUCCGUUUUUGCCUAGGUGUGAAAGUUCUUGAUCAUUUCCUGCCUUUGUGGCUAAGUCUGUUCCUGUUCUAAAAAAAAAAAAUUAUUUUCAUUUGUCGUUGCUGAUAUUCUUGUAUGGAUUCUGUUAUAGUUUACUUUUCAUAGUUAUUCUCUAAAGUGAGAAUUCAAAGUGAAUUUCAAACUUUAGGCCAGGGCUGUCCAACCUGUGGCCCCCUAGAUGUUGCUGAACUACAACUCCCACGAUUCCCUGUCUGUCUUUUUAAUUGAAAGAAUCAUGGGAGUUGUAGUUCAGCAACAACUGGGGGACCGCGGGUUGGACGGCCCUGCUUUAGGCCAAACUAGCUGAACUGGAAGCAUACCUGAUUCAGAGAAUGUUUCCAGUUUGGCUAUUUGGCGCUUAAAUUUGAAAUUCACUUUGAAUUCUUACUUUAGCAAAUGGCCCUGAUUGUUUUUGUUUUUUCCUUUUUGUCUUGACAAAGUAGUGCACUUUUUGCUGAUGUUGGGUAUUUAGUUGUGGGCAGUGUAUUUCCUCUUUGCCUGCAUGUGCUGAAGUUGUGCUUCAUUUGUAUUUUGUUAGGGAUUGUGCGAUCUCAUAUACCAAAGAAAUUUAAAGUAUUUGCUUUUUCUUUAUCUUUAAUUUGAAACCUACCGCCUGGCAGCUGUAAUACUGUUAACUUUGCUAGAUCAUUGUAAAGAAGCCUAAGUAACACAGAUAUUGUGUUUAAUUCGUUGUGGUUUUGUUUGUAUUUCAUGGUUUAUUUAUUAAUAUAAAGUAUUUUUUUCAGUCUAGUGAUGCAGAAAACGAUGGAUGCUCCCCAGAGAAGUUUUCACCAAAUUUAGAAAAGCGAAUGGAUCCUUGCGACAUAUCAAAAUCUCCCAGGUCCUCAAAACAGCAUUAUUCAAGAUCUCGCUCACGUUCAAGGGAGCACAAACGAAAGUCAGGUAUGAUAGCCUCCUUAAUAGUAAUUCCUCCUGCAGAUACAUGUAUUAAAUACAAUAUUUUUAACUGUGCUUGCAAUGUUUGAGUAUUGAUUUUCUUCUCCCCUUCACAGAUGAUGGGAGGAGACACAGGAGUCGAAGCAGAAGCAAAGAGGUAAUUAAUACUUGAUAAUAUAUUAUGUGUAUUCAUAUUCAGAUUGUUUUACUACAUGGUAAGUACAAUAUGCUUAGACUUAAUAAAUUGCAUUGAGCAUAAAGUAGCAUAUGGUGCCAUUAUUUUAUUUUUCAUAUCAAGAUAUUUACGUUUGUAACUUCCUUGACAUAUAUAAAUCAUUUGCAAGAGAUUGUAAGAACAAAUAUAUUUUGGUUGUUUUUCUUGUUCUUGCUAAUAUUUUGCUAAUGGUUUAUAUAUUAAAUCAGUUGAUCAAUGGAUAAUUUAGUAUCUGUAGUUUACACCUUCGUCUUAAGAUGGCAGGUUACAUUUUUAUCCCAUGUAUUGUCUUCUAUCAACUCUGAAUGAAGUUGGUCAUCUGAAGACGCAUUCUUGACAUGGUUCUCCUUCCCUUUCUCCUUGAAAUAACCCUUUCAGGAAAAGCGCAUCUCAUUAUAUGUUGUGUUAAAUAAAAUCUUGCAAGUUUUAAUGAUAUAAGUGCUCCUUAAAAAAAAAAAAAAAAAUUAUAAUAAUACUUAAAACAUUUGCUCACGAAGGUCUCUCAGUCAUACAGACUUUAAUACCAAGCUUAUAUAGUUUGUUUGGUGAUGAUUUUUUUUUUUUUUAGGAAGCGUUUAUAUAAAAUUGAUUAUUUUGCUUAGACCACAUGAUAACAUUUCUAUAAUAAAUCAUACUCAGCGUGCUAAAGCACGAAGAGACUGAACUGAAGACGCUGCAGACUCAAAUAGCAAAAUAAUAAGCCUACUUCAUGAUAAGGUAACUAUCAGUCAUUCAACAUUAUAUUUGCCUUUACAAUAUAUUAAGUCAACUGUUUUAAGGAUGUUUUCCAGUAAGUGCUAGCUGUCUUGAUGUAUUUGACAUGUUUGCAUGGGUGACAAAUUCUACAGUGAUUUUUCUAUUUCAGGAUAGUUUAUUUUAUACCACAAGGGAUUUUUUUCUAAAACCAGGAAUUCUGGAGAAUUGAAAAUAGACUUGCAAAAUCUAGUUAUAAAUUGGAGAGUAGAAAACAUCAGUUUGGUUAUUUUUCUUAAAAAUUAAGUUUCGUUAUCCAUUUUUGUUUUCCACAAUUCAAAGUUUACUGAAUAAACCCAGCAUGUCAGUUCAGUUGAAAGCAGGAAAAUACUUUUAAUCUUUGUUCUUUUAGACUGCACUGAUGUUUUCAAUGGAUUAAAGAACAUCAAAUACAAUUCUAUAUGACUCAUGGCAAUUAAAAGUUCUUUUGUUUAUUACCAUGGUACAUUUUCAUGUACUGUAUAUACUUGCUUUUAAUGUUUCUCAUGUACUACAUUGGCAAGUAAUACUGUAGUUGUCAUUCUGCUUACUUGGCAAAUAAGUCAAUUUGUGUUACACACAUAGUAACAAGUUUUUGCCACAGGAGCGUAAUUGUAUAUAUUCCCCUUGUUCUCUGCUAUACAUAUUGGAUUAAUAAUACGUUGAUGGCCAUGGUGGUUAGCCUAAUUUGCAAAGGGUGCAGAGAAUAUCUUGGAGAAACAAAAUAAGGCAUCAACCGAAAGACACCACUUUGUGUGUACACCAAGCUAUAAUAUCAGUAUGUAAAUAAUUAAAUCAUAUGAUUAUAUUUUAGAUGUAUGUUGUGAUUUGUGUAUGAAUGCUUGUAGUAUUAGUACUGUACUGUAGUCAAGGAAGUAUUCUACUUUUUCAGUUUAUAUUAAUGUUUCUGUUUAGCAAUGUUUUUGUCAUUUUAGGUUGCAAACAAACUGGACAUUAUUUAAAUCAAAUGGAUAUUUUUAACAGUUUGUUCUCAUUUCAACUGUUAAGUUAAAAAUAUACCCUCUUAAUUGUGCGUAUAAUUUGGAUGUACAUUUCUCCAAACUAUACAUGUGUUCAUAAUAAUGGCAGCAACAUUGGAAAGUAAUACAUGAAAGUGCCUCAUGAUGUGUGUUUUUUUUCCUUUCUCCCAGUCACACUGCUUAAAUAUUGUGUGUGGUAUAUGGAACACAAAUUGUUUUGUUUCCUUUCAAAAAUUGACCUGCAAUAAAUUUUGCAAUUUAGUCAAUCCAUACAAUAGAUAAAGGUCUGUGAUAGACAACACUGUUUGUUUUAAAGUGUAAGAUUUGUUUUUUUAGUAAGUUGUUAAAAGAUUCAUCCACAAGGAUCUCUGUUGAAGUUGGAUGCCAGUAUCCAUGAUUUGGCCUUGAUAUACAUUUGACAUUUUCAUUAUUUUUAGUGCCUGGUAUAUAGGUUUAUACUAAAAAUAUUGGUCCAAAUUUAAGAUUCUACAAAGGUUACAUGUGUUACUUCACAACAUAGCAGAGCAAUCUUUUGAUGCCAUACUAACUCUCUUUGUUGCACUAUUUUCCUGAAAGAACCACCUUCUUCUUAAAACAGGGUAGAAGACACGAGUCCAAAGAUAAGUCGUACAAGAAACAUAGACCUGAUGAUUGUUUCGACAAAGAGCAUUCUGAAAAAAUGAGGGAAAGACUCAGCUCAUCAGAAAACGGUGAGGAGCGACACAGGCGAAAAGAGAGAAAAUCCUCUAGAGGGAAAAGUCAUUCCAGAUCUCGCUCACGUGAAAGGUAAAAAAAUAGUCAUCUUCUUUGUGAGAAAUUAUGAAUGCAGCAUGUAGCAUUUCAGAUAAGGCAACCAUUUUCUUUUCAGGGGGGCUGUCUCUUAAUUGAUAGAGCUUAAUGUGAUUUAUUAAUAUAACACGGUAUCCUGAUAUAUCCUCCUUCGGUCUAGAGUUCCCGCUAUUACUCCAUAAACAAGAAGUUAAAAUAAUGUUUGGGCUUCUUUGAUUUUGUUGAUCCUUUAAAUACUCAGCAAGUUAGAUGUCCUCUUGUGAUUUGUCUAGGCAACAAUAAACAAUUUAAUAGAUGCCAUGUUGUAGUUUGUAUUGGUUUACUGAGCUGUUUUGAGUAGGUGUGUGAAUGAAAUUUCUUGACAUCUGGACUUUAUAUGUCCCAUAAACCCAUUCUUGUUUGGCUUAUGGGAUUUGCUCAGUGCAGCGUGAGGAUUAGGAUUGACUAAAAAAUUCUGAAGAUUUGUAGUGAACAAGGGGCAUUAGUGAUUAUCUCAUGAGUAACCACCUUUUAAUACUUUAAAAUGGGCUAUGUUGCAUCCAGAAAGUAGGUUAUUUUGCCAAGAUAUUAUCCACACUCCUUGUGUGGUGGCCUAGGAGUAAACUGGCACUUCAUCUGUCAGAAACCUUCAUCACUGUUAUAUUCUCACACAUAUAGGCUAGAUUGCAGGAUCCAUCAUAUAAUAAUAACUGAGAAGAUACAGCAAUCUACUUACUGCUUACAUAGUUCUUCUGCUCCUUUAUCUGCAUAAGCUAUGUGUGAGACUGUAAAAUGGAGAAUCUUGUGAUGCAGUAUGGUUUUCCUUAGUCUCACGCAUGUAUAAUAAGGUGCUAUAGAUGAUGGGAAACUGCCUUUUGCCAAAGAUUUUCAAUUCAAUGAGACAAAGAUAUCCCUACUUUGUCUGUGUUAUCUUUUGAUUAUACUGGAAUUUCAAGUUAUCUGUUUAUGAAAUUUGAAAGAAUGGCUUUAAUGCACUAUUGUACUAUUUACUGUAUAUUUUUAAAACUCAAACAGAGAAUUUGGCCUCAGAGCCUAAGUCACCCCUAGUAAAUUUACUGCAGACACCAAUUCUCUUAACCCGAGUGCACCGAAAUGUAGUUUCCCAGCUAACAAUGAGUAAUUUUAAGACAAAAGAAGAAACUGUCUUGGCAAGCAUCAAAGUUAAGUGAGACAAAUUCAAGCUUCAGCAAAACAUCUGCGUUGUAAAGCAGAUGUUACAGCAUAGGAAUCUGUUUUCCAGGGCCUAUGCGUGUAUAAAUAUGAAAUCAUAUAUAUAAAUAUGGAUGACAUGCAACAGAUUUUGCAGAUUCCUGUGCUGUACAUUUCUUUUACAAUAAAGACUGCAUGCUGAAGCUUGCAUUUGUUUAGCCCUUCCUUCAUUAUGUGGCGAGACCUUUAUUUUUCCAUAUACUGUUUACUGUAUUUAAACAUACAAGAGUAAUUAAGGAAAUGUUAUUGUGCACAUAUGACCUAUAUGUAUAUGUUUUAAAGAUUUGGGAAUUUUCUAUAGGCGUCAUCGUAGUAGAAGCCGUGACAGGAAAAAGUCCCGCUCGAGAAGUAGAGAAAGGAAAAGACGUCCACGAUCUCGAUCAAGAUCCAAGCACAGACAUCGAAGCAAGAGUCGAAGCAGGAGCCGGUAAGUACUAAUUUUUCUAAUAAAGCAAGUGUUGAAUGAAAUAUCUUAAUAAAUGCCUUGAGGACAGACAUAUUCACUAGUUUAAAAUGAAAGGUAUUACACUCUACAAUGCAUUCAAGUGUAAAACCCGACAUGCAUUAAAGAGACACUGUAGGCACCCAGACCACUUCAGCUCAUUAAAGUGGCCUUGGUACAGUGUCCCUCUAUUGCCCUUAGUGCUGCAGUGUUAAACAUUGCAGUUCCAGAGAAACUGCAAUGUUUACAUUGCAGCACCAAGUCAGCCUCUAGUGGUUGUCUGCCAGAUCUGCAAUUAAAGAAGAGUUUCAGAAUUUUCUAGUUUAAAAGUAGCAGUAUUACUCCUUGCAUGAGAUGUUUUGUUGUAAACAUGCAAGUGGAAUUUAUUUCAUUAACAUUGGGGGGGAAAAAAUCUAAAUAAAAUGUAAAUAUUUGAUAGGGGCAUAACGGUGAGAGGGAAAUUGCUACUGUUACUGCAUGUGGUAAGUUGGGAUGGUUACCUGCAUUGUCAUUAAAGGAUCACUAUAGUGUCAAGAAAACAAACUUGUUUUCCUGACACUAUAUAAUCCUUGGGGGACCCUCACCAUCGGGGUCCCCCUCCCGCUGAGUUGAAGUGGUUAAAACCCCUUCAGCUACCUCCCUUAAUCCAGCGCCGGGCUCCCUCGGCGCUGGUGACCUCUCCUCCCCCGCCGACGUCAGCUCCAGAGUGGAGCGGAAUGCGCAUGCUUGGCAAGAUUUCUCAGUGCUUUCCUAUGGACAUUCUGCACUCUGGAUGCUAAUUUCUAGCUGUUUUCAGGAAGACAUCCACUAGAGGUUGGAUUAACCCUGCUAUGUAAACAUAGCAGUUUCUCUUGCACCCAGACCACUUCAUUGAGCUGAAGUGGUCUGAACUAUAGUGUCCCUUUAAUUGAGCUGCCUGAAAUUAUAGAAAUUAAUUGUGCAAAAUCUGUCAAAAGUGGAGAAAAACCAACCAAACAAAAGAUGCACACCACUGCCACUAAAUAUGAAAUAGUUCUAUUGAAUAAUUUUUAAAAUCUAAAAGAUUAAAGGAUCAUUAUAGUGUCAGGAAAACAAAUCCCAUGGCGCUGAAGGGGUUAAAACCCCUUCAGCAGCUUACCUUAUUCCAGAGCCUGGCUCCCUCGGCGCUGGUGACCUCUCCUCCCCCGCCAUCAGCUCCCUCGUCUGACGUCAGCAGAUGCGCCUCUAUUCGCAGUCCGGAAGACAGCCACUAGAGGCUGUCUUAACCCCAAAUGUAAACAUAGCAGUUUCUCUGAAACCGCUAUGUUUGCAUCUGAAGGGUUAAAACCUGAGCGACAUUGCACCCAGACCACUUCAUUGAGCUGAAGUGGUCUGGGUGAAUAUAGUGUCCCUUUAACAUACAAAGAACAAGUGAUGCAGCUAAAUCAGUACCAGAAAGCAUACAUGAUUUAAUACAAUUAGCCUACCACAGCUGGAUAUCAGUCACAAAGAUCCCCCCCUGUUGCUUCUGCAUGCUUAGAUGCUUUUCUCAAGACUGGUAAUCCAGUAUAAACUUACCUGUAUCAGGAUGUAUACCCACAAGAACAGCUGAUGGCCAUUAUCCUUUGGUCACCACCAAGGCUGGAAGUGACAUCACAUUGGACCAUGUAAAAUCCACCCCCUCCCCAAAUAACACCAAAAUACUGGUAAAUCAAUUAAACGCAUAAUCCCACAACUGCUAUUGUAGUAACCUAAUACACAUGUAUAUACAAAUUAAAUACAUCCCUACGAUGAUACAUAUACUUUCUUAAAGAGCACAUAUGCCUUGCACGAAUAAGCAUUCUUUACCACCGUCUUAGUUGAGGAAAUUCCACUGGACCUAAAGUAUAAGGCUUAACUCAGUAAUAAAACGCAUGCAUGUGUGUUUUAAGAGCCAUUGCUGUCAUUUGACAUUCCACAAAAGGACUCAAUAGCUUGAGGAGAAAAAAAAACUCAAGUAGAGAAAAAACAAUCGAGCUUCAGUGAGGUCCCUACUUUCUUGCAAACCAAAUGGAAUGUAUUGAAAUUAAUACGUUUACAACUACAGCAAACUAUACUAGUUCUAUUGAAUGACCCUUUCAAUUCUAACUCACUGAAUAUUUAGUAGUCCUAUUUAGUUACAUAUAUUCUGUAUAAUCUAUGUCCACCAAGUGUGAGAAUUUCAGAACAUUCUAUGAGUAUAUAAAAAAAAAAAAAAAAAAACUAUAGGGGGAGAAUAGAUUUGUAUAUUAAAUUGUUUAUCAGCAGGCCCUAGCUUGGACACUAAUCCCUUUAAAAUAGAACUGUCACAUUUGAGAUCUCUGCACCAAUAUAAAAACUAGCUUGUGCUGGCUUUUCUUCUUUGGAAUUGCUGACUUUUUAUAAAUGUAUUUUCUUUUUGGUGUAAAGACUAAAGUAGAUCAUUUUGAAGCUGAAAUCAGUCUAUGAUUAUUUGUAGCACUAUUAAAUACAGGGUGUCAUGGAUACAGUAAAUUAACAAUUUAUUGACUAUCAAAACUUUUUUACAUAUAGGGAGAAAAAGAAAAGAAUUGAAAAACCUCGAAGACAUAGUAGGAGUCAUAGCCGAACACCAAGUCCUCCUCCAUUCCGAGGAAGAAACACUGCAAUGGAUGCACAGGAAGCCUUAGCAAGACGGUAAAAUAGAAAAACUACUUUGGUGCAGAAUAUUACUCAAGGCAAUAGUAUUUUCCAUUAAAAUACUUGUUUUCCUGGCACUAUAGUGCCCAGAGGGUGCCCCCACCCUCAGGGUCCCACUCCCGCCGGGGCUGGAUGGAGAGGAAGGGGUUUAAACACUUAACUUUCUCCAGCGCCGGGCUCCCUCGGUGCUGGAGACUCUCCUCCUCCUUUCCCCGUCAUCGGCUGAAUGCUCAUGCGCAGCGUUUGAGAAUGCUUUCCUAUGGACGCUGGCGUCUUCUCACUGUGAAAAUCACAGUGAGAAGCGCUGAAGCGUCUCUAGCGGCUGUCAAUGAGACAGCCGCUAGAGGCUGGAUUAACCCAUUUGUAAACAUAGCAGUUUCUCUGAAACUGCUAUGUUUACAGCAGAAAGGGUUAAUCCUAGGUGGACCUGGCACCUUGACCACUUCAUCAAGCUGAAGUGGUCUGGGUGCCUAUAGUGGUCAUUUAACUCUGUGAAAUGUGGAUAUUCGGUUAGUAAGAGUAUGAAAUAUGAAUGUGUGACAAAAAUCCCUGUAAGGAUGUAAAUUUCUUGAAUAUGUUUUUCUGUAGUUUUUUUAAAAGAAAUAAUAGAAAUCGCUAUGAAAAUGAAUACACUUGUACUUUUUAGUAAAUAAGAACUUUUUUUUUUUUUUUUUUACUUUAACAUUUUCACUUUCUAGGUUGGAAAGGGCAAAAAAACUUCAGGAGCAACGUGAAAAAGAAAUGGUUGAAAAACAGAAACAGCAGGAAAUUGCUGCAGGUGAUGAAUGACACAUUGAUGCAGAUUUACUCACCGUUGCAAAUUGAUUAUAUAAAAGUGGCUUAUUAAAUUUUUUUGUAUUAAGUCUUUUAAAAAGUAAUUUGAUAACUGUAUUUCAUAUGUACUUGGAACACAACCCUUUUUGUUUUAUAUUUUUCCUUCCUCGAAAAAUGUGUAGUAAUGAAGGAGUUAGGGCCAUUUUGAGUUUUCUCUCAUAAUAACUACAUAUUUUAAGUUUUCAAGCAUCAUCUGUCUAUUAGUACGAUAAAAAUGUUUAAAUGUGAACUCUUACCCACAUAGCAUUACUUGCAGGGUUAUUCACUGAAGGGAGAAUUGUAUUUCAAAUGUAAAGCCAAAUAAGUCAAAUUGGUAGCGUGGUUGGCUUGGAGACUUUUUUUUCAGUUUGGCUGUUGUGGGAUUUAAAUUUGAAAUGCACUAACAACAAAUCUCACAUUUUACUGCAUAACCCUUUUUUAUUUUAAAUUUACUUGAUAUGGAUGAUGUUAUGGAGUAACUCUUUAUGCUAAUCAUUUGAUAUGCUCUGUUAGUGGCUGCAGCAGGUGGAGGAUCUGUCAUCAAUGUAGCAGCGUUACUGGCAUCCGGAACACAAGUAACUCCUCAAAUUGCAAUGGCUGCACAGAUGGCUGCUCUGCAAGCAAAGGCUUUAGCAGAAACUGGUAUUUCUGUCCCUAGCUAUUACAAUCCAACAGCGGUAAAUCCCAUGAGAUUUGCAGAGCAAGAAAAAAAACGAAAAAUGCUUUGGCAAGGAAAAAAAGAAGGGGUAAGUACUUUUUUAUGUAUUUUCUUUAAACUAUGUUUUCUGUAAAAGAUGCACUAGGCAACAAGCUCUCUAUCUAAAGUUAAAUCAAUGCCAUCUGUACACUUGCUUCAUUAGAAACAUCCUCCAGACAUCAAUAGCAUAUCUGAAUUAUUUUUUUUACGUUAUUUAAACAUAAAAACACUUGUACCUUAACCCCAAUCUUUGUCUUCUCCGUGAGGUAGAAGUAAAAACUUGGGAGAAUGUGGAAUAACACACAUAUAUUCCAGUGACUUAUUAGUCUUUAAAAUUGAAAGCAUUUUAAAUGAGUGAAAUACCAAUUCUGCCAUGUUUUGGUUGCACUCUGUCCCACAGUUCUACCCUUUGUGCAUGUAUUUCUGAAUUUCUUUUCUGCACAAUUUGAAAUCAAAACUUUUUUUAUAUAUAUAUAUUUAUUUUUUUGCUGUGCACAUUAUAACAGACAAGCUUACAGUGUCACGACAGCACUUGCAAGAUGAAUAAAACUUAGUUUAACAUAGGUAUGGCAUUUGAGAUGACUGCACGUUUUCAUAAUAUUUAAGGAUCAUAAGUAAUGCAUGAGCAAGCAGAACAGUGUAUGUAAAGGAAUGAAACAAGCUGGGCAUGCUAUAUACAGUCGUCUGAGUGUGAGAAAUAAAUCUACGCUUCCUUUAUGGCAUAACCUUUCAGACUGGACUAUAUUGAUAUAGGUAUAAAAUAUAAUGGGGGCGGGGUCUGGCCGCCGACGGGAUCAGACGCGUUCUGUCUGAGCUCCCGCUCCAAGGCCCAAAAACCGGAGCAAAUUGGAGGAUAACCGCGACCGGAGGGUCCCACAGAUGUCCACAAGGACCCCCAGUCACUGGGGAAAGCGGGGAUGCCGCAUGGGUCCCGGUCCGGCACCGACAGUAACCCGGCCGGGCUCGGAGUUCGUUGGGGCUUGAGCCAGGAAGGGACGGCCGCUUUCCUGGGUCUCCUGGCCGGCGGUUCGCGUCCGCCCCCCCCCCUGGACCGGGGGGGUCAUCCCGGUCUGCAGAGGUACCAACCAGCACACCAACCUUGGCCCAAUCAACCACCCUAGCAGGGAACAUCACCCGGGCGACAGUACACAAGAUGGCCGCCGAGCGCCGGCCAUGUGCGCGAGCUGCCAGAGAGAUCAAGAUGACGCCUGCUCAAAAAUGAGGAAAACAACGCAGUCAAAGAGAAAAGCACCCACUAUUAUCCUACCAGUCUACUACAGGGCAGUAAAGCUCAUGGACACUGCAAGCAGGAUCAAGUCACACUCUCAUGGAAGUGCCGGCAGCAGAACUCGCCUAGACAGCACUCACCACACAAGGAGACAUGACAGAGUGCAGUGGGGAGGUUCACAGGUCCAUGGACCGGAAAAUCUCGGGGUCCCACUAAUGCUGAACGCCCUGCUGCAGCCCAUCGGUGGUACUGGGUGACAACUGGAUAAAGCGGCUCCUGCUAACACACAGCAAGAUCAUCUCCAGCAAUGUAAAGACUCUUGUUAUUCUCAAUGUCAGUGCUACCCUCUUUCCACGAUUACAGAACACAGAGGUGUUAAUAGCUCUGUGUCCCGAUAACCACUCCUAGCUAGCAACCACCUUGACUAAUUAGCUCUGUUGGCCAGACUUAUCCCCUAGCACUGUUCUGUCUACCCAUGCUAUUGUAUGACAAGCACUUAACUCAUUGUGUUCACUUAGUCACCUGUGUAACAUGUUAGGAAAGCAAGCCCAGGUGUACACAUAUAUACCUGCAUAUAAACAGACUUACACCUGAACAUCACUUAUGAUACAUACUAAGCAUGGACAGCUCAUAUCUCACACUCACUGCGCCCACUAGCUAAACAUGCCUAAUUAACCUGUUCAUUAACGUUGAAACUCUGCUCUUCACGCGUCAUUACUAGCCUAGUCUCGAACUACUUAAGCUUGUGAAAUGUACUUUGUCAGUCUAUACCAUAUUCAAAAUGUGCACUGUCCAAUCACUCCCCACUGUAUCUAUUGUUGUUGAAAUUAGCGAGUGGACUGCCGGUGGGGUACCACAAGCAUUAUUGUUCCAACUGUAUGCACUACAAAAAUAAAGAAUUAUAUAAAAAAAAAAAAAAAAUAUAAUAAGCAAGAUUACUGAGAGUAAUUCAUAACCCUGGGUGCUGUAUGGUGGAACAUUGCAUAACAGUUCUCAAAACAAAUGGAGCAGAGAUAAUCAUAAACUCCCUAACUAGAGAGCUGUUUUAAGAGGAGUAGAGCACGGUUCUCCUUUUUUAUGAAAUAUAUGUAAAAUAAAAAAACGAGAACUAAGUAAAUGAUAGGAUCCUUCAUCCAUAUCAUGCAUGUUUGAGAAAGUGAAGCCGGGAAGAUUACAAAGACUCUCUCUGUUUUUAGUGUCAACUCAAAAAUGUAUGCCUUUGCUUCAGUGAAUCUGACAUGUCAAAUGACACAGAAAUAUGAGUAAACAAUGAGCAAUUUACAGUGAUAUGCUACUGAGAAAACCAUAUCAUUGAGUAGUGAACUUAAAAUGUAUUUUGUGUAGUACAUUUACAGUUUGGAGAAAGUGAUGGCUUUCUCACGUCAUAAUAUUGAAACCUGCUUAAAGACAUCCCAUAACAAAACUGAGAACGCUAACCCUAACCUACGGAUUACACGAAUAGUGUUGUUCCCUGGAGUAUCUGUAAUACUUGUGUGAGAAUGUAGAUUUUAGUAUAUCACUCUAAAUCUUAUGACGUUAACCUCUGAAUUUUCUUUAUUUGAUAUUAUAGGAUAAAUCUCAAUCUGCAGAAAUCUGGGAAAAAUUAAAUUUUGGAAACAAGGACCAAAAUGUAAAAUUUAGAAAAUUAAUGGGCAUAAAGGUAAGUUUUCUUUUUUUCUAUUUCUCUCAGACAAUGUAUUUUCCCCUGUUCAUCAAAGCUGAGCUUCUAAUAGUGUCAUGUAACCAAAAAAAACUAUUGUUAGUUAUUUCAUCCAACUACAUAUGACUUGUUACUUUCGGGUCACAUGUGUGGGAGGGUAUUUAUAAGUGCUGUUUUACAUUCACACAGAUGGCUCUACUGCAUAAUCUGCCUAAAAUAUCAGGGAUCCUAAAGAGUGUGCAAUUCAUCUGGAACAAAUGGAGAUGCUUCAAUGCUGCAUCAGAGUAGUUUGCGGGAGGCACUCCAAUGUACAUUCACUAAUCUUUUUCUGCAUGUGCUUAUAGGUAGACCACACUAAAAAGUGAAAGCAGAGUGCAGUGUCAACUAUUUUAACCUUGAAUGCUAUUGGGGAUCUCUGUCCAUGAAUCAGUGUGGUGGAAUGCGUUAAAACAAUUUGCAAAACAGAAUGCCAGAACUUUCAGCAUUUUAUGCAUUCCUCACGUAUCUCCCCCAACCACAAAAAAAAGUUUAAUUUGCCACAACUAUAUUUAAUGAAUAGACCUACAUUUAUGUUCCUUUACAAUAAAAGAAACAAUCCCUUUAAGAAGUGACAAAGUAUCUGGAAUACCCAAAGAUAUACACAUGAAUAUCUGUUAGUGAGCAAAUAGUUCUGUCAAUAUCACACUGUGAAAGAGUAUAGAGGACAAAAAUGUAUACUUGCACUCUCCUUAUGAAGCAUGUCUCAGAAAUCUAUAAUACAUAAACACAGACCUAGUGCAAUAUAGCCAGAAUAGAGUAAAAAAUGUGGUGCUCUAAAUGAAAUGCUCACAAUUGUGGAGUGGUUAUAGUACCACUUCAGACUAUCAGGCCCAGGGAGGAUCAGACCCUAGAGAUCGUUGGAUCCAGAACACUGACACUGAUCCAUAACAUCUCCUGCACUGACACUUUUUUAAAGGGAUUGUUUGCGCACCUAUAUCUUUUAUUGUGUUUAUUGCUGUGGUGAUUUAAUAUAUCAGAGGUCCUUGUAGGUUGCUGCAUUUAUACACAAUUGUUCUGAGUUUGCCUUUGGUGGUAACACUUGAUUUUAUAAUUAUUUGCACAUUCUAAUUUGUUUUUGGUACUUUACCUACAACUAUUAACGUAUUACAUUUGAUGUUUGGAACUGUAAUUAACAAAGGUGAUGUCUGCCAUCAUCCUAUUCUGGGCCCUUUGUUAUUUUUUCAUAUUACACCGUGACUACAAUCUCUUGUCUUCUCUAUAUUUUUGACCAAAACAUCAUAUGACAUGGAAAAUUGUAUUUACUGAAAUACAUAGUAUAUAUACUGUGUGCCCUUCAGGCUGGGUGGAUUUCCACUCUGCCGCCAGCAUUUAAGCCGAUCAUUGCUAUCCAAGGUUGAAAAGAUUAGCGCUUGUUAAUGAACAAAUAGUAUUUUUUUAUUAUCUGUGCAGCUACUGAGGAGCUGUGUUCUGGAUGCUCCAAAACAGACAGAAAACCAGGGGACAAGUCAAUAGACUUAGAGCCCUUGCCCACUCCAAUGAGCUGUAGCCCUUAUGAUGCGUAGUGUGCAUGUAACUGAUCUAUUUAUUGUAAAAAAAUAUAUAAUUAUUUUUUUUUUUUUUCUUAGAGUGAAGAUGAGCCUGGGCCUAGCAUAGCUGAUUCUGAAAGUGUUACAACACUCAAGCAGCAGGAAGAGGUCUUUCGAAAUCUUGAUGCACAGUAUGAAAUGGCAAGAUCACAGACCCACACCCAGAGAGGAAUGGGCUUGGGGUUCACAUCGUCAAUGAGGGGAAUGGAUACAGUUUAAAAGCAAAAAUAAAACAAGAUGUUUUAAAAGUCUUUACCACUCUGGACUUAUCAAUACUUCAUGUUGUAACCAAAAAGCUGGAAUUCAAGCUUGCAUGGAUGUUGCAUUGACUUUAACUUAUUCAAAUCAUUUUUGUAAAUAUAUCAGUGAUACUGGUGUUAGUGAUGUCAUCAGAGUAAGGCCAUUUACAUUAUUGUUAAAUAACAGUAGGGAACUAUUUUAGUUUAGAAGUUUUUACUUUCCAGAUUUGUAAAACAGCAGGUGACUCAAAAGUAUAUAUAACUUUGUCUCUUCUCAUUACCUGUAAUUCCCACUUUAAUGUCAUCUCUGAACAGAAAGAUGUUGUGAAAUGUUUAUGAACACGUUUCUCCUUACCUGGCCUGAAUGUUAAUAAAAUUUUGUUUAUUCUGUUUGUUAAUGUGUUUUGAG